AUGCUUUUCAAGAUCAUAUGGGAGAUUUGUGAUGGAAUGAGCUACAUCCAUUCCCGCAAUCUAAUUCAUCGUGACUUGGCUGCUAGAAAUGUACUUCUAACUACUGGAUUACGAGCUAAAAUUUCUGGCUUCGGAUUCUGCUCCGAUCCUGACGAUCCCAAGUUUUCGGGAAAUUCUCCGGCUGUACGCUAUCUGCCAGUGAGAUGGUUAGCCCCUGAGUGUUUCCACGGGAAAUUCUCCCAAAAAAGUGACACGUAA